CGUUUGUUUAUUUGGAAUAUAAAAAUCCUACGCUUUUCGAUUUAUAAAUAGAAACAAAGACUUCUGUUUAUGCCAAAAAGAAUAGUGCGAAGAUUUUGUUAUUUUUAAAAUCGGGCGCAAACAAAAGGAUUCACCCUACCACCACAUGCCACCACUACCACUGCACUACCAUUUCAGCCAAUCAGAGGUCAUCCCGUCCGCUAAGGCAUAACAACUGUGUUCCAAACUGUUCAACAGGACAUUAACUGUCAUUCCUCAGAUUCUUUCUGUCAUAUCUGCUGAGCUGUACUGUUUGUUUUCAUUAUAGGUUAAAAAUUAUGGUUAAAAAGUGAUCGGCUCUUACAUUGCUGAAAGAAAAUUUCCGUUUAGUCUAGACUGGAAAAAGAAUUUGUUUAAAAACCAAAAUGAAGGUAACAGUGACAACACUAACUGACUACAUUUUUGUCUUGGAUGUCUCUGAUGAUUUGGAGCUGGAGAACUUCAAAGCCUUUUGUGAGGUUGAAUCAGGCUUUCCAGCAAAAGAAAUUGUAAUUGCCUUCAAUGGAAGACCUUUGAUGGACAACAAGAAAUCUCUGAGGGACCAUGGAAUUCGAGAUGGAGAUGCAGUUAUACUGCAACACAUGCUGCAGCCAGGCUCUCAAACAACUUUGCCAGUUCCUAAUUUAGAUUUCAGCACAAUUGAGGUACCUACCACUUUUCGCCAAGGUCGGAGUCCACAAGCUGCAGCUACCACAGCAAUAGCCUCUCCAACUACAACUAACGCCAGAGCGAACGAGGAUGAUCCAGUAAUGAUCAGAGACAUGUUUUUAGCGAAUCCAGAUCAAUUGGCAUUGUUGAAACAAAAUAAUCCACGACUUGCCGAUGCACUGCUCUCGGGAAAUAUCGAGAAAUUUGCGAGCGUUCUUAAAGAACAGGUCGAUGCUAGACAGGAGAGAGAGAAACAACGUUUAAGAAUGAUGAACGCCCAUCCUUUUGACACAGAGGCUCAAAGACUGAUCGCCGAAGAGAUUCGCCAAAAGAAUAUCGAGGCCAAUAUGGAGGCAGCGAUGGAAUACAACCCAGAGUCAUUUGGCACCGUUGUGAUGUUAUAUAUUAAUUGCAGAGUGAACGGACAUCCUGUGAAAGCCUUCAUCGAUUCAGGUGCUCAAACGACAAUCAUGUCUAGUGCUUGCGCUGAGCGCUGCAAUAUCAUGCGUUUAGUUGAUACACGAUGGGCUGGAAUCGCCAAAGGUGUUGGCGUUCAAAAAAUCAUUGGAAGAAUUCACAUGGUGCAAAUACAAAUCGAAAAAGAUUAUUUGACUACUAGUUUUUCAGUUCUAGAAGAGCAGCCUAUGGACAUGCUGCUCGGAUUAGACAUGUUGAAGCGACAUCAGUGUGCUAUAGAUUUGAAAACGAAUGUUUUAAAAAUUGGAACAACAGGGACUGAAACACGUUUCUUGCCAGAAAGCGAUUUACCAGAUUGCGCUCGGUUGAGUAGCGCUUCAGAAGAGGAUAUGAUCAGAGAAUCGCGCAAGCAAGCGGAGGAGAUGGAGUUGGAGAAGGCUAUCAGGAAUAGCACAAAAGAUGCGCAGGGGGCCAGUACAUCGGGGGGAAAUAGCCAAGACAAUGUCAAUGAAACUGAUGUUAAAGAACUCGUGUCCUUAGGGUUUACUAGAGAACAGGUGGUUGACGAAUUGAGACGGUUUAACGGUGACAAAACUCAAGCCACGGCCGCGUUAUUCGCAAAGUCGCUCAAAUUCUAGCAAAGAAUUACGCCUGCAAAGAUCUACCUCUGAUAUUUAACUCACCCACAUAUGCAUAUUUUACACCACACGACACAACAAAAAAAAA